AUGUUGCCAGAGUCGCACCCACUCCGCAGGAUGGUGGAUUUCCUCCGACGAUAUGAGGACUUCACCUUUUUGAAUUACGAUGUUUCAUCAUCGAGCAUGCGAGCGGCCAUCAAGUAUAGGCAAAGCUUGGCUGCCCUUCAGAACAGCAUCGUAGAGACACCCUGCGUAACCUCGGCUACAUGGGAGCAGGCGGGUAGCUUAUUUGCAGCAUACCGUCUACUCGAUCUCGUAGCGUUGUGGCCAGCAGCCUUUGGACCAUCGUUGCCGGUGACCGUGCCCCUGAAUGAAAUACAGGCCAGCACAGGAACUAAGGAAAUAUUUUCACGGUUCAAGCUUGUAGAUGACUUGAAGGACUGGCCGGCAAUGCUCUGCUCUGCCAGGAAGCGCAUCCUCAGAGCCGACUCUAAGUCGCACAGAAACAUCAACACCCCUUCUAUCAGUGACACGCCGUCAUCCGCUUUCACCCAGGGCGGGCCCUCGGAAUCAACGCUAUUACUCUGUCUGGCGCGUAACCACUUCAAGGGUGUUGUGGGGAAAAUAAUCGGGAAUGUGUACUGCGCCUCGCUACACUACCAAAUCUUGUCAGGAAUGCGCGGUAUGAAGGACGAUGAACACAUUCUACCAGACAUUCCAACGGACACGGCUACUCUUGCAAAUCUCUAUGCAAGCGGCCAUCCUGAUGCUGCGUUGUUCCUCUCAGAGGUCACGCCAUCUCAUUUAAAAAUUCCUCUGCAUGUCGCCCUUUUCAUAUCCCCCAUCCUUCUUUUUGUGAAUAAAUCUUGGUAUUCUAAGAAAUGUGACCGGGAGCAGCUGCUUAAAGCCUCAAAAGCGCUCGGUAAUUGUCGCCCCCGUGUUCUGCGUGAAGUGGAGAUGGAAAUUUGGAAAAUCAUUGCAGCGCAAAAUUGCGACAUCCAGUCAGCCUUAUAUAAACUUGUUAUCUCAGACUGCUGGAUGGAAUGCGAGCGGGUAAUUGCACAAGAUCCCGCGUUUCACUUUUUCAUAUCGUCAACGAGCAGCGCCGAGGUUACAGCAAAUUCUAACCUAGCAAGGCGCAGCACUGAACCACACGCUCAACUUCAGACCGUUUCCCAUCAUGGUGAAAAAACCACCUGUGAAGGGUCCGACGCAGACGCGGAGGGUGACGAUGAUCACGAAGUGGACACGACGGAAAUGGUCAGCAUGGGUCAACGGGAGAACGGGGACAAUACGGUCCCUACCUCAAAUAUACAGCCUCCGGAAGACACGUCUUCAGUGGCUGGCAAGGAUGUCAGCAUGGGUCAACAGGAGAACGGGGACAAUACGGUCCCUACCUCAGAUAUACAGCCUCCGGAAGACACAUCUUCGGUGGCUGGCAAGGAUGUGCCCACGGACGAGCAACCUGGUUUGCCGCGGAGUGAUGAUAUUGGAUCUGGUCUACUUCAGACUGAGAAUACUGGGCCCUCAACUGCAGGGGAUUGUGAGAUGAACGUCGAUCCGGAGCAAGCUGAUGUCGACCAUCAAAUGGAGGAUGGUCCACAUACCAAUGGUCCAGAAAAUUUGGGAGACGGCGGGGCUGGACAAGGAGCUGAAGGGUCUUCUGACGAGGCAAAUCGUAUGUCGGAAGUUCACGAGGGCGAAAAGCAGGGGCAAGACGGAGAACGACCCGACAAGGAGAACCGAAUGUCAGAAGAUGGUGAGGAGGAAAGGCCAGACGACAGUUCGUCGGACAAUGAGACCGAGAAGCAGGGGCAAGGGGAUGUUCCACCAGUCCAGGAGGACAGAAUGUCGGUCGAUGGAGAGGGGGUAGGCCCAGAGCAAAACAAUGAUUCCUCAGACAUGGAGAGGAAUACAUUGGAAGACAGCCAAGGCGAAAAGGAGGGGGAGAACGCACCUCCUGCUCCUCUUAUUUUGAGGAUUCCUCCUGUUUCCCAGAUAAACAGGAGCAAAAACACCACGGCUGACUCCUCUCAGAAAGGGAAAGGGAAGGGCCGGCAGAGCCUUUCCAAGCGGCCUCCCAAACGCAAGCCGACGCAGGCUACCGACACAUUUGAUUCGGACGACGACCUGUGUAUUGAUGUCGAUCUGUACGACAGCAACACCACCCUUGAUGUCGUCAGCACUCCGGAGAAGGUGUAUGGCACCAAAGUUUGGUCCACCUACAACGGUCGUGGCCAACUUAAAAGUUUCUGCGUUGUUGCCCAUAGUCAAGCCGACGUGGAUCGUGUUGAAAGGGUUCUGGAAUUGGUCGAGAGUGACUACGUCGAUGGAGUUCCAUUGCACAUAGCACGUCCCGAAGAAUCAUGUUUUGCGGUAUUCGACCGCAGCACCACGAAAUCCAUGUAUCUGAUGGAGUCUUUCUCUGAAAGGAACGUCGUCCUUAUGUCUCCUUCUCAAGAGGAGUCUAUUUCAACUUGCUCCGACGAGUUCUACAGCCAGGUACGUCGCCAUAUGGGUGAUAUGACGAGCACCAGGUCAAUCCAAGAUAUGUCGACCAUGUCGUCUAACCCCAUCGAGAGGAUUAAGCGUGGGUCCCUCUCUCAGGUCAUGGAAGCAGCGAGGAUGAAAGGCAAAAGAGGAAAGAUCCUCAAUGCCCUCGACAUCCCUUUACCUCAUGCAGGCGCUCACUCUUUUGACUUGAGUACUGAGGCGGCUGCUCUUCGGGCUACAUCUGGUAGCUGGAAGUAUAGUACCCCCGUCCCAUUUGGUGAUAUGUCGUGGGGACUCAUAGCUACAGAGGGGGCAUUUUCAGAUAUCCAUAUCGAUGCCAAUGGUUUCUGUUCCUUCAUCCAACCUCUUCAUGGACUGAAGCUGUGGAUUAUCAUGUAUCCCAGACGGUUGGAUGUUGACCUUUCUUCUGACCGCCGUGUAUUUCUGGGAGACAAGCUGGAUUACGGGGAAACGCACCACCAAGACUGA